ACAGCCGAAAAACAGGAAGAGGAAGCAAAACAAGGGGACAGGGAGAAAAGCAGUACUGGAAGACAGAGGCUGCUGGAGAGAUAAUAUCAGAAUCCAGGGGGAAGCAGUGUGCAGCCGUCUGGGAGUUGCUUCCUUCAGUUUCCUGGACGUUUUGUGUGUGUGUACAAGGCAUCAGCAGCCAGUGUGAGCCUGUGCAGCAGCCGGACAGCCAUCUUGACAGGGAGAGAGAGCUACAGUGAGAAUAGGAAGCAGGGUUCCUUCUGAACCGAGUUAUUUAACCCCUACCAUGCCAGUGACACUGGGAUUUCUGCAACCAGCCAUUUAGCUGUGAGUCUGUGUUAGGUCUAUGGACUGGGGAGUCCCUAUGUUGCUGGAUGUUUCCACAGCACUCGGAAGUGUCUCCAUGAUUUACUAUAGCUGCCGCCUGCUAGGGUUCCAUUGAGCAAGUGGAGCAGCUGAGGCGACUUCAGGGAUUAAACUGUGAGCUCAUCAGCACUCCAGCAGAAUGGCAGAUUCAUCCCCUUCAGCAGUUUUCAAGUUAGAGGAAUUCGAUAAUGAGGAACAGGGAUUACCUUUGCCUUUUGUGGAUCCCCCUCGUGGGGCAGGCGUUCGACAACCUGUAGCUAAGAGUUCUCCCAGCCUGCGAAGAUACCCAGGGAAGGAGUCACGUUUACGCACUGAGUCUGCUUCAGAGUCCAGUGAGACAGACAAAGUGGGCGAGCUCCAUCCUUUCCGUUCCCGUUCCCGUUCUGCUCCGUCUUCAAUGAUCGCUACAAAAUAUGGACGGGAGUUAAGAAGAAUGAGUGAUGAAUUUGAAAAAAGCUUCACGGGCCUUCCUCGUCCAAAGAGUGCAAGUGCAGCGGGUCAGAUGACUGGGAACAGAAGCAUUCGAGACUUAAUCAUGGGCUUGUUCUCAAGACGGAAAAGUAAAGGAAGGGAUGAGUCUGGGGAUGAGGAGUGAUUCUGUUCUUUAAUAGGAACCGCCCACUAUGUGAAAUAUUUGCAAAGAUCACCACAGAUCCACUGGACUGUGUACUCACUUGUGUUUUGGCAAAUUUGAAUGGAAAUGCAAAUUGCUGCAUACAAAGAUGCCAGCGGGACAAAGAUGCAGGUGUUUGGGCUGCACAAACCAUCAGCGAAUUGUCGUGUACAAAGCUGCUGAGGAAAAUAAAUAGUGGGUGAUUUCGGAAGACAUGAGGGUGUCACCUUCAUGGUGGAAAAAUAAAAUUUAAAAAUGGAUUGUUAAGUGUUAAAUAUGAGCCGAGAACAUGAGUGCCAUGCUGUGAAAAUAACCUUUUUUUCUUAUUUAUCUACAAACAAAUGAAAAUGAUUGUUUUACCUCUGAUUAUUACUACAAUAUCAACUUUAAUGAUUAAAGCAGGAAAACUCUCUAAUCUGCUUUAUAGACAAGGGUUUACAUUCUGUUAUCAUUAUAGUAAUACUUUAUAUGCAAUGGCUGCUCCAUUUAUCCUGUUUAUUCAAAAACGUUUCCAUACAUGAAGCACUUUGGGAAAUGAGAUAUUUUAUAGUGUACUAACAACGCACAGCACAAAAAGUUUUCUGUUGUAAAAUAGUAAUAUAGAAUUUAUUCAUUCAAUCUUAAUUGGCAUAGUGUUGUACUCAGGGUUUACCAAUUCCAGUGAUUUCCUAUCCCAACUGGAGGACUGUGGGAUGGAUAUGGCUCUUCAAGGGGUUUUAUGCCCCCAGUCUGCUCAAAAGCUUCGUAGACUUCACUAUGUGACAUAAUCAGGCCCUUGAACACAAUGAUGAUGAGAAAUAAUUGGCCCACUACAUGUAAUAAGUUGGACUGCACUGUCCUAUCUUAUUGCAUAGGUUUUCAUACAUUAUCAUUGUGGCAAUAUGCUUUUACUUUUGUUAUACACAUCACAAUCUACCACAGCAGAUAAAUUGAUAUUGAAAAAAUAGAGAAAUACAGUACGGGUAUGGAAACCUGAUAUCCAGAAAGCUCCAAACCAGGGAAAGGCUAUAUCUCCCUUAUUUUAAUCAAAUAAUUCAAAAUUUUCAAAAUGAUUUUCUUUUUCUCUGUAAUAAUAAAACAGUACCUUUUACUUGAUCCCAAGAUCAAGAUAUAAUGAAUCUUAACUGGAAGUAAAAAUUCUAUUGGGCUCUUUUAAGUCUUAAUUAUUUUUUAGUAGACUUAAUUAAAAAAAUGAAGACCAAUUGCAAACCGCUCAGAAUAUCACCCUCUACAUCAUACUAAAAGUUAAUUCAAAGGUGAACAGCCCCUUUAAUCCAGAUUACAGAAAGACCCUUUAUUUGGAGAACCCAAGUCCCAAGCAAUCUUGAUAACAGGUACAUAUUGUUAUAAUUAAAUGGAUAAAACCCAUUGCCAAUAUCAUAUAUUUAUAAAUCUGAAUAAUGGUUAAUGUAAUGGUCUGUUUGUGGGCAAUACUGUCUUUUUGCAGUCUGCUGGUCACCAGCUCAGGAGCUCUAGGUAAAGCAAAAUGUUUUUAAGGCACAAUGACACAAGACACAAUGAUAUAUAGUUAACAAUUCCUUGGCCUAGUACUGAAAUUGUUGCACCAUGCUUUGCUAUCAUUAAUGAUUUACACUGGGUUCUCCUAUAACAGAUUGUUGGUUUAAAUGGGGAUCCAAUCCACAACUGUGCUUUCAACCCUGUUGUUGCUACAUUGCAACUCUUGGCUAUUACAUUGUAAAAGAUUGAACCAAGUUGGGAGCUGUAGUCUUGCAACAUCAAGGAUGGGUUUUUAAAACAAUGAUCAGUGUUUUUAGCAGCUCUUUUCCCUCCUGUUACAAUCCUGCCUACAGGCUAUACAGGUUCUUGUUCUUUCUAGCACAUAAUUCAUAACAGCACUGUUUCCUUAGAUUGUAACAUUGGCAAACAAGAAUUAUGCAGUUGUCUACGUUUGAUAUCAGCAAGAUGCCUCCUGUAGCGCUGGUAGCUAGGAUUUUCAUCAGCAGAUCCUGUUGGAUCUCUACCUUUGAUUGGCCGCUUGCUUUGAAAAGCUUAGGGGGCAAGGGGAGAGUUCUAUGACAGGUUUACCUCCUUUAAACCAUUCAUCAAGAGGAACGGGUAAGACAUUUUUUGAAAGCAUCCAAAUAAUGGGUUUGACAAUCGCUGAUAGAGUAUGUGGCCACUUGGAGAUAAUGAAGAUUAUAAAUUGCAUAUAUUGCGUUAUUUAUGAUACAGUAUGCAUGUAUGUGCGUGUAUAUGUACCAGGCCCAGACUGGCAAUCUAUGAAUUCUGGCAAAUGCCAGAGAGGCUGGCGUAAGAUGCCAUAGACAGUCACUAUUUAUUGGGCUAGUGGGGGGCUGUUUGGGCUUCUGUGUACUUGAAAUGCCAGGGCCUAUUUUGAAACCCAGUCCAGGAUUGUAUACAUCAUGUAUACCUUCAUUUGCUAUCCAAAUAAAUGCAUUUGUUUCCAUAACCCUGUUACUAGCUCAGAGUUUUUGUUGUGUAGCCAGAAUCAUGUGCAUACAUUCAAUGUCACAAUUCUUUUUUUUUUAGCUACUUAUGUUUUAGUUAUACAGUUCUUUUAAAGGGACAGUAUACACUUGUGUUUAACAGGGGCCCGAUAAAUACGUCAUUCAAA